AUGUCUUUUAUUUUGCCAGAUCUUGGUGCUGCUGCAUCUUUCUACUUGUCCUUGUACAUCCUCUUCGUUCUUUUCAUGACAGGCGUCGUUUGCAAGAAAGGUUUUAUGACAGUGUACACUUUUUUAUGGAUCUUCGGCAUUAUCCGUACCGGCGGCCAGGUUUGCGCUGUCAUGUAUGCCAAGUUGGGCCUGUCCCACUACAAAUUGCUUAUAGCGUAUUUGCUUUUGGGAGCUGAAGGGUACUUUACGUUGAUAUUGUCUGCUUUCCAAAUUACGUGCAAAGGGCAAAUCCGUCAGUUCGGUUUCUUGUGGAUUUUGACGCUGGGCCCACCAAUUCUCUUCCGCAAACAACUUACUUGGAGACUUAUUUUUCAUCUCUUGUUGGUUCUAGCAAAUGUGUUUAUUAUCGCAGGCGGAUCUAUGUUGGCCAAAAUGAGCAGAGAACAGCUCCAAUCGGAUCAUAAAUGUAUCGAAGCUUCAAGAGGACUUCUCUGUGCUGGUCUUGCUAUUUUUGUCUUCAUGACAGCUUCAGUUGUGGCCUUGAACAUUUACGUCUAUGUCCAAGUAGGUGCUCGCAACAACUUGACAAUUUGCGUCAUAUGUGCAUCUCCAUUUCUCUUGGUCAGAGGCAUAUUUGGCAUCUUAUCCAUUUACGUUGCGGCCAUGGAUUAUUUCGACAGGAGCAAUUAUACUGCUGGAGGAUCAAUGUCCCACAAAUUGACCAUUUAUGAAUAUGUCUUGAGCACCACCAUGGAAUUUGUGGCUUCAUGCUGUUUGACCUCCACUUUGUGGUUUGACAGAGAAGAACAACGUGCUUUUGAAAACCCAGACGAAAACGAGUUGAGUGAUUUGGAGGAUUGGAGAUAA